GGUGACCCCUAGCGCCCAGCCAGAGUGGAUUGUAAAAUCAGUUAGCUUGUAAAUAGUACCUCUGUACAUAUUGUACAAAGAAAAUGAGUUCGGGAAACAGAGCCACCUCCAAGGGUGGCAAAGUGAAGAGUGAAAAAUCUCAAAAAUCAGAGAAAUCAGAAAAUAAAGGAAAAGGCGGUGAUAAACAGCAGAACAGAGAUUCCAAUUCCAAAAAUGAGGAUCCCAGCAUUAAAGACAAAGUAAAACAGCUUAUAGAAAUGUCGCAAAGAUCUGAAGAAGAAGUUUGUUUGGCUCUUCACGAAUGUGAUUAUGACCUUAACCAGGCUACAAACAUGUUGUUCGAAGAAAUGAGCACUGGAGAGUGGGAAACUAGAGUUAAAAAGAAAAAGAACAGACAAGCUUCAGCCAGCAAACAAGACAAGGCUGAUGAAAAUGCUCCAGUUGAAGAAUGGAAUGAUGUGGCGCCACCAUUAUCGAAUGCCGCUGGCGGAGACAAAGAUAAACCACGGGGUGGCAGUCGCGGUGGCAGACAGAACAACAGGGGCUGGCGAGGUCGUGAACGCGAACGUCAAGAAAACGAUCGUAAUUCUGAGGACCGCCCCCGCGGCGACAGGGACAGAAGAGGGCGACCAGGCGGUGGCCCUAGAGGCGGAGGAAGUGGCCGUGGAGGAAGAGGAGGUGGCAGAACCGGUGGGCGGUAUUUACCCAGGGGCAACAGAAACAAUAACGCCUAUAAGCCUAUUGACACAUGGGAUAGUUCGAAUACUUGGGAUAAUAAUACUGUCGCCGUUACAAAUCACACUGUAGAAGAUAAUUGGGAUGAUUUUCCAGGCACAGAUGAAUGGUCAACAGAGGAAUACCAAGGAAGUCUGGCAGAUACUAAAGUAUUUACUCCUAGCAUUCCUUCUUCAGCAAUGGAUCCUGUGAUUGAGCAAAGUAGUGCAAUGAGUGCAUUGCAAGAUCCAACUUUUGUUGCAGAUCAACUGGUACAGCAUACGAAUCAGAGGCCCUCACAAAGUCCUGUGCCGCCUAUGAUGGGUAGUCUUACCGCAGCUCAAACUCAAUACUUUUCGCAGUUGCAGCAGAACAAUGAUAGCCUCGCCAAAUCGUAUCAGACUCAACCUUAUCAAAGUCAAACCUAUGAAAAACCUACUACAAACCAAUACGCAAGUAACACAAGUCCACAGUACAACAGUGCAUCUACUAAUCAGUAUGGGUCAAGUGUUUCUUCUCAAUCUUAUGGUACUGGAACUCAGCAGUAUGGCACCCAAACCAACUCAAGCCAGUAUGGCACCCAAACCAACUCAAGUCAAUAUGGAACAGACAAUACAUACCAGAGCAAUGUUUAUGUUGCAGGUCAAGAAACGGUGUCCACUCAACAACCAACCCGGACAAAACCACAGAGGGCUCGGGUACCACCACCCUCAAAGAUACCAGCUAGUGCGGUAGAAAUGCCAGGUGAUCUAAAUUCGAGUAUAGGCUACUUGGAUGUCCAAUUUGGUGCUAUGGAUCUGAUAGAUGCAAAUUCUUCGUUUGAUGGAGGCAUAGAAACCAAAUAUGGUACUACAACUCAGUCUACUAAUAGCAUUGAAGCAGCAUCAGUAGUGACUCCUUCAGGUGGAAGCCUAGAUCUCAGUGCAUCAUCUGUAAAUCAAAACUCUAGUUUGGAUGCCUAUUCCCCUAAAACUAAUACACAGAACAGUAUUAGCUCUGCAUUGUCACAGAGCCUUUCAAAUUCAGAUUCCAUUCCCCAAACAACUGAUCAUCUGACGAACACGUACAGUUCUGCCCCUCGGACGACGACGCAGGGCAGCACUCCAGCAUCAUCUUCGGUAACAGCAGCAGGCCUGGAUCUAGGAGGGAGUAAACAACCGCCUGACACACAUUCGUACUCACAGUCUUCAACUUACAGUUCCUACCAGCCUAAAACAAAUACUUACAAUUCAUCGACAUACAGUGGGACGACAUCUACUGUGAGUUCUUAUGUGACGAAUCAAGCUAAUAGUUAUGCGAACAGUCAAACGGGAUCAUACAAUGCUGCUAGUGGGAACACUUAUCCAAGUACCUACUCUUCAAAUAGUUCGUAUCAAUCUAAUACGAAUUCGGCAGCAUUUCCAUCGAUUAGUCAGGCUAAUUCGUACUCUUCAAAUACCCCAUCCUAUCCACAGAAUACUAGUCAAUCUGUUUAUGGUGCUAGCACAGGGUUGAAUAACAGUUCAACUUAUGGUAAUACGACGACAAGCCAGUAUAACAGCUACAGUUCCACGAACAAAAUAGGCAAAGACAGUAACGUCUAUGAAAAUAGUUCGAGUACAUCAAGUAGCAGCCAGACGACUUCUACGAGUAGCGUUACGACUACGACGCCAUUGUCAUUGUCUCAGUCCGGAGUUACUACUAGUAAAACGUCGACAGCUUUAGUGAAAAAUUCCAACAGUAUUGUGUCAAACAUGCCACCCAAUGUAACGCCUGUCAUGAGUAUGCCGUACAUAGGACAAGUGCCGUAUUUCCAACAGCCCAUUUAUUCAUUUGAAGACAUGCAGAUGUUGCAGCAGAGGCUUCCACAUAUGUUACCUGGUGACGUCGAUUUGGUACCAUCGAAUGUGACGAACCUAUGUAUUUAUCCUACACAGACGACGACGCCCUACUAUGAUAUGAGUUAUCAGACGCCGACGACGAUGCCAGCUGUACGAGACGCCGCAGCACUGGGCAACGUCGGGUAUUCGCUAUCGGAUGGGAGGUUUGCGAGAGCCGACAACAACGCGUCGCCCGUUCCAACCACCCUUUCCCAGCAGACCAGCACUUUGACGCAAGGACAUCAAGGCCAGCCGAUACUGACCGGUACCGCUCCUCCGCCUUACUUCUAUGCGACAACGUUCAACACCCUCGCUCCAAACUACCAGUUCGGCAUGUACGCCGCGCAAAUACCUGCAACAAAUACACAUGGUUCCAGUAACAGCACCCAAUAUCCCAAACCAACGACGUACAGCAACUAUGGCAACUAUGAUACCCUAGGGCAGUCACAAGACUAUACUAAAGCUGGUUAUGUAAGCAACACGCAGGGGCAGAAAGGUAGCGCGGCGAAUGCCUCUUCCACGGGAUCUACGGCUACUGAUCUCUCUGCGAUGUACGGGAAAUCUCACACCGCUUUAGGAAAAGUUAAUUCAUAUGAAAAACAGGGUUUCCAUUCGGGGACGCCUCCUCCGUUCACGGGUGGCAUUCACGGUAGUCAAAAUGCAGGGUUAGCGCCAGGUGGGACGGGUUACGCUCCACCAGUGUACAUACCCACCAUGCCUCCACAUCAGCAGCACCUUAUGCAGCAGCCUCUUCAUCAGAUGGAUGUAAGGCACCAGAAUCGACGCAUGGAUUCGGGUACCACUGCAGGUCAACGCUCACAAGCGACAAAUCAAGCUAAAACCGGUCCGAAACAGCCCUACCAGACAUCCUACUGGAACCAACCUUAAGAAUAUGGGUACAUACUAUAAAAAUGCCUGCUCACUAAUCAUCCCACCCCGCCUCCUCUCAUAUAAAGAAAUCUAUAGGUGGUUCAGAUUUGUUACUACAGUUAUUAGCCGUAAAUGUACUUUUAAUGAGAAAAUGUGAACAGUCCUUAAUUAUUUAUUUUUAGUCUUAAAGGCUUUUCUUAUAUUUUGACUUGAUGUGACUUUUUAUAAAAUAAAUAGAAGCCUGUAUGAUACUUCUUAAAUAUUUU